AUGAAGAAGCCUCAUCAUCAUGUCCUCGCGUGCGCCCUCCUGCUGCCUCUGGCGCUGGCCCUCAGCCUGCAGGAGGACGACCUGGUCUUCGACGACGUCGGCGAGGACAGCGCGAACGAAGCGGCCGCACCGACCGUGAACUAUCACCCGUCUUCUCGGCUCGAUCGUCACGAGCACACGCUCGAGCCGUCGUCCAGGGAUGGCAAGAGGCAUCGCUUCGAGAGGCUGUGGGGCGUGCCGGACACCGUCGUCCCGGUUGGUCAUAUUUUCAAGAUGAAAAUUCCCCGGCAGGCCUUCUCGGGAAACGUGGAUUUUUAUGAGGUCCACGAGACGAUCGAUCGCAACCGUCUGCCGCGAUGGUUGUACUGGGACGACGCGGCGUCUACUCUCUCGGGCGUACCGUCGAAGAAGGACGUAGGCAGUCAUCACCUAACCGUGAAGGCCAUCAGCAAGCACGGCGACAUCGCCAAGGAUCAGUUCGUUGUGCAGGUGAUACCCGAAAAGCUGGAGGAACUCAAGCACAAGGACGGGAAGAUGCAUUGCGACGACGACGAGGAGCAAACUAUCCUGACGGUUUUGCUGGACGCGCGACUGGAUCGACUGUCGCCCAGAGCCAGGGUGGAUGCCAUCGAAAACCUCGCGGGAUUUCUCGGAAUGCACAAGAGCGCUUUUUCGAUGCAUUCCCAAACCAAGCACGACAAUAUGCUGUCCGUCCUCUUUGGCGGCCAUGGAAACGUGCCGUAUCACCGAGAGAUGUUCUUGACCACUAUCCAGUGGCAGGUUGGCUGCGACGGUCACUUGUGGAGACAUCAGGUGGAAUUGAUAAGGCAAUUGAGGGAACAAGCGAAAGACGGCACUUUGGCGGAAGUUCUGCAAUUGCCCGUAAUACUGUGGCGUGUAAAGACGGACUCGAGCUCUUUCCUGAGGAACAGAAGAGAGGUCGGCUCGGGCGACGAUAACUCGGAUGAUUACGACGGCUAUGAUGACGAUUACGAUGGCGACUACGAGGACGGCGGUGAGGACAGAGAGGACGAUAACGAAGACCCGCAGGUACAGCCGACUUAUGUGCCGCCGGAUUUCAGCGGAGCGAGAGGCAACACCGUGUCGGAACACCCUCACCGGCAUCAUCACGGCGAAGAAACGAUCGAUUGGAACGGCGAAGAGAUUGACGAGGAGGAGAUAGUGCCAAGACUGAGGCAAACCGAGCUGGAAAGUGCGGCGGUAAAUAGAACAAGCAACACUACGCCUACGACAACAACCACUGAACUUACAUCAUCACCGUCAACAACUACAAGUACCACCACCACCACCACCACCACCACGCCGACUACUACUACUACUACUACUACAAGCAUCACCCAAGCCGCGCCAACGACCGUUACUAGUACUAGUACUAGUACUAGCAACACAACGAUUACCACAUCGGCAGAUAUAACGACGGCUAGCGUCUCCACUGUAGCUCCAUCGAUAGAGUCUCCGAGAUCGGAGGUCACGGAGGAGUCGACGGAGAAAACGAAACACGUGGAGGUCGAAUCCGUUACCGUUUUACCGACCGUCCCUACAGACAUCACUACGACUCCUCUCCCUAUAACCACUCAGCCCUUUAGCACAGCGGCAUCGCAGACUAGCGCCUACGACCGGGUAGAGACCGAGAUCGCCGCCGGUAUUAAUAACGUUACGACGGAAGAGCCAACGGAGCAAACUACAAUUACUACGAGAGAAUGGACCACUACGUCAACAACGACACCCGUUGUUGCAAACGUCACCAACGCCACCGCUCCUUACACCACCAGCACUACCACCACCACUACUACUACUACUACGAUGGUUCCAUCAGUGUCUGAAACGAACGCUACGAGCACUGCAACUACAACUGUGAUACCGUCUACGACGGAGCUUCGUACAACAACGAGCACAACGUCGUACACGACCAACGCUACUACUACUAGUACGAGUAUUAGCACUACCGCGGCGCCUACAACUACCAGCCCGACCACGACCACGGUUCGGGUUACCACGGAAAGUAUCGAGUACGGUGUUGUCAACUUCCCACCGAGACGUGACAGGAUAUUAAAGAAGAUACCGGUAACUGCUGGAAAACUAUUGAAUUACGCCAUACCAGCCAAUACCUUCAGCGACCUCGAGGACGGGGACACGAGGAAACUAAAAUUGAACCUCUACUGGCAAGGUGUGCCGCUCAAACCGACCCAUUGGCUCCAGUUCAAUCGCCUUAAACAGGAAGUUUACGGACUGCCUCUCGAGAAUGAUAUAUCCACUUGGAAUUACGAACUGGUGGCUACGGACAGCGAAGGUGCCAAUGUCACUGAUCAUCUCGACAUUCACGUGCAGCAGCACAAACUGAGCCGUAGCGUAAAUCACGAAUUCAGCAUUUACCUGAGGAUCGAGAAACGAAACGAAUUCCCCACAGAUGUCGACUGGGAGUUCAAGGUGAUUCGAGGCUUGGCUAAACUUUACGGAGACGAGGACACACGGCACAUAACGGUUCGAAACAUCGACUUCAACACGCCUGAUCACGAACAGCAAGCCAUCUUCACGUGGACUAACGAUAGUCUUCCAAGAAGCAGCGAAUGUCCGAGAGAACAUAUCAAUAAAUUAUUACGCGUGCUCAUCGACAAUGACGGGGACCCGUCGACUUCUCUCAGAUCGGCUCUCUCACCGGAAAUCAGAGUCAAGCGUGUCGUGUAUCAAGGUAUCGGACAGUGCGAGGAUAUGAAGCGUCCCGAAAUGCCGAGAGUCUCUACCGAAGAGCCAAAGGCGAAUUAUCCACCGGUACCGAGGAAUCAAGUGGAUCAUGUGAAUGCAACGGUCGGACAGUUGCUCGUGUUUAAAGUGCCCGAGGAUACCUUCUUCGACGCCGAGGACGGGUCGUCGCGGAACAUGAAGAUGUCACUCUUGACAAUCGACCGAGUACCCAUCCCGCCUCACGAGUGGCUGCAGUUUGACAGCAAGAAUCAGGAGUUCUAUGGUGUGCCAAUGCGCAACGAUGUCGGUCGUAAAGAGUAUCAAUUGGUCGUCACCGACAAGGAAGGUGCUAGCGCUACGGAUGGACUGGUCGUCGUGGUUAAUCCGGCGCCUCACAUGGCGCACACAGUAGAAUUUUCCAUGACGCUGGAUAUACCGUAUGAUUCGUUCGCGCAUUCGGCGCUUCAAAAGCGCAAUUUCAUCGAGAAACUGCGAGAUCUCUACGGGGACAAAGACACGAGCGCCAUUUCCCUGUACAGCAUCUCGAACGGCAGUACGGUCAUCACGUGGCACAACAGGACUCUACCCACGUCGUACUGCGCGCACGAUGAGGUCAACAGGCUGCGGUCUGUGCUCGUGAAGAGCGACAACGAUCGACGCUCGGUGACGGACGAAGUGUUGGAUGUGAUGGGUCUGAAUUUCCCGGUCAAGCAGAUCACGGUAAUCCCAAUGGGGAUCUGUCUGGGCGAAUUGACGGGCGUUCACUCGCCGGACAGUCACGUACCACCGGUCGACGACUCCACGUCCGUCGGCGCUUUCCACGAUGAUUAUCUCUUCACUUUCGUCUUGCCGGCGAUCAUCAUCUCCAUCAUGCUCAUCGGGGCGGGAAUCAUCGCGUGUGUCUUGUACAAGCGAAGACGCAGCGGGAAGAUGAGCGUCAGCGAGAAAGACGAGGAACGGCAGAGUUUCCGCAGCAAGGGAAUUCCCGUGAUAUUUCAGGAUGAGCUCGACGAAAAGCCAGAUCCCGGAAACAAAUCGCCCGUCAUUCUGAAAGAAGAGAAGCCACCUCUUCCACCGCCCGAGUAUCAGAAGGCCGAGGACGGGGCCGACGUGCCGAUGCUGCCGAAGGAAAACUCCGAGGAACCGUAUCAGCCGCCACCGCCGUUCGCCACGAGUCGCGACACCAAUCGGCAAAAUCGUCCGAAACCGACCCCAACGUACAGAAAACCGCCCCCGUAUGUGCCUCCCUAACAAAAUACGGUGCACUCGCCUACGCGCAAAUAUAUGCUAGCAAUGCUCGGAGACUCACCGAUACAUAUGCAAAACCAAAACAAUUAUAAAAAGCAAUCUCAUAUUGGCGACGACGACGACGAUGACGUCGACGAUGAUCGUGGGGCUCUGAACGUUUAUAGCGAUGUUUGAAGGACUUCCAUUCACCGUCCGGUUCAAUGAAACAAUGUACCGCUCGCGAGACGUGAAUGGUAGUUGCUUCUCUCUCUGCGCGAAGACUCUGGACUCGCACGUUUUUACUUAUUUUCUAUGUAACGGCAACGGCAACGUCAGCAUCGAUUUCACGUGUAAUGCGUACGAAAAAGAAUCAAGGACCCCCCACGGUUUCGACAUUCGAUCAACACGCACUCCAUCUCUCUCUCUCUCUUUCUCGACCGUCUGGUAUCUCAUGGGAAAAAAAAGGGAAGUUUUCUAGGAAGUAUGGGAUUAAUGAAUCACGUGUUGCCUUUCGUAAAAAAAAAAAAAAAAAAAAAAGAAAGAAAAGAAUUCAAUUGUAGGGAAGGAUCCACGUCGAACUCGAUACGCGAAUUAUUUAGUUUAGAUCGUUGUAGAACCGAUAACAUGCGGUAGGGUAAACAUAUUUUAUUCGACAUGUGGUAGCAUUCGAGACAGCGCAACGAUACUCAUAAAUAUUUCAACAAUCAGUGCCAUUUAUUAAGCAAUAAGGGUAUCCGACUGUGAAUAACAGCAUGUACUGUAAUUAAUACGGUUCUACGGAUUUGCUGCAAUUAUAUUGUUACAGAGCCUCCGGGUAUCAGGAACGACGGACUUAACGAAAUACAACGUGUAUAACACUGCCAGAACGACAAACGCACGAUAUAACGUCGCGAAGCGAGCCAGUUUUUAUCCGGCUAUCUAUAAACACACACACACACAAUAUAUUUCCGAUCUCUUUCCCUCGUCAAAAACCCUCCAUUUGUUAGAAUAGUCCCUGGCAAAUUGAACGAGGCGAAAUUAUUGGACGUCGCUCUCGCGAGAACGAAUGAACUAGCUCACUUGGCGAUCGCUAUUACUUAAGGAGAAACAAAAAUAUCGGAGAGAAGUGAAACGUUUUUUGAGACAUAAUUUAAAGGAACGAUUACAUGCAAUGCCAUUGCAAAGUGACAGCAAAUGCUUCCAUUGGCACGGUAGGCCAUGCAGAUAAGAAGAAGAAACUAAUGAUAAUAUAUAUAUAUAUACAUACACACACAAAUAUAAAUAUAUAUAUAUAUAUAUAUAUAUAUAAAUAUGUAUAUUACCUAUUUGCCGUUCGAUAGAUAACAGUCUGCAGUUACUUAGGACAGCGUAAUUUAAAUACUGCCAGAUCGUUGUUAGCAUUUACUUCUUUCCUUUUUUUUUUCCUUUUUUCCUUUUACACACAUGGCAAACGAACGACCGAGGAAAAUUCAUCCGUUCCGUUCGUUCUCACGCACAAUUGUUCUCUCAUCGUUAACCGCAUUGCAACCUUUCUGAUUUCACAGUGAAAGAAACUCGUUGGUUUCCUCACGAACUUGCAUCGUUUUACGAACGCGUACGAACGAGUUAGCACCGAAAGGUUAACUCAGAACAAAAAAAGAAAGAAACACCGAUGCGCACGUACAUAAAGGCGAGACUAUUUAAUUUAGAUCUUACAUAGUUACCAAGCCAAAAAAUAAUUAAUAUUUAAAAAGAGGGUGGUGUGGAUAAGGUAAUAAGAACGUGUUUUUAACCGCGAGAAACGUGGCUCGCACUCUUUGUGGGCGCAUUUUUAUAAUGGUUUUUGUAAUUUUUUAACCGCCGUUUUUUAUCGCGCGACACACACACUCAUCGUUUGUAUGUCCGGUGCGCGAAAGAGUGCGGGGUAUGGUACGGGUACGUAUGCAGCCGUUUCUUCAAUACCUCGAUAGUUUCCUGAUAUUUUUGAAAGGAAAUACGAGAAACGAAAUAAAAAAAAGGGAGAGUAGGGAGAGAAGGAACAGAAGGAGAAGGAGGAGGAGGAAGAGGAAGAGGAAGAAGAAGAAGAAGAAGAAGAAAAAGAAGAACUUCUCACGCGUCCCGAAUCCGGGGACUCAUUUCGUCGAGCGCGUUGUCGCGCGUUGUCGCGGGGUGAUGAACGAAUCGACGAAUUUGCGGGCGCGCGUCUAUACCGGUGUGAAUGCUGAUGAUCAAUACAGUAUGCAAGAGCGGAGAAUGUUUCGUGUAUGCAAGCUAAAUUACGAUCUAAUGUAUCUAAUAUAUUAAUUCAUGUCUUUGUAACGUAGGUGAUUUAAGUAUAUGCCGUGACAAUUGAAUAUUUUACACGCCAUCGCUCGUAUCUUGUUUAUCGCAGAAUUAUAUGGAGGAGAAAGGGGAGGGGGAGGAGAUGCAAUUGCUACUCACAUGCGCGUAUCACUUCAUGGUAGGUAAGAGUGUACGUAUGUAUUAUUAUUAUUUUUAUAACAUACGAGUAAAGAGCUUCUGUGUGUGUGUGUGCGUGUGCGUGUGUGUGUGUGUGUGUGUGCGCGUGUGUGUUAAAUUCUCGGUUGACCUGAACGUAACGAUCUAUACUAUCAUAAGGUGGGAUUAUUUAGCAAUUGCAAUAUUCCUUUGUGCGCGAUCCUCGGAGAGUCGAUGCUAAAUCCGCGGGUUCAAAUCCAUCGCGUCACUUUUUGCCAAAUCAAAAUUAUCAUUGUUGUUUCAGCCAACAUCUUCCUCCACAAAGUAAUAAUGCAACCCGGCCGAUCGAGGCCGAACGCUAUUUUAUGGUAGUAUAGCAUACUCGCGUAUACCCGAGCGCUUUGGAUUCUCGACGAAUUAGUGAAAACUAUUACGAAGAGCUUUAUAUUCCGUCUGUGAUCUGCGGUAAACAAGCAACAGCCUCUCUCAUAUCAUGCUUCUAAUCAUAUCAUUGCUCCACGCGUAUCCUUUAAUCAGCGCUGCAAUUGUGUUUACUUGUGAAAAUGAUUAUGUAUGAUAAACGUGUACGAUAAUUUAUAAGAUAGGGAGGGACAACACGCAAGCUGGAGGACAAGCAGUCCUCCGUGACGAGGUGAAUUUCACAAAGAACAUAUUGCUAAGCAGCGACUAUUCUGGCCUGUGUGUGAGAUUCGAGAGAAGAAAAUGGAUCGAAAGUAUUUUAUAACUGUGUAAAAAGAAAGAACGGCAAAAUGUGCACUAACGCGACCACCGUGGCUUAUCGUAUAUUCGGCCGCUUUCUCAGAAAUCGGGCUAAACGGCAGGCGCGAAGUUAAAAAGUUUCACUGCGGAAGAAACGGGAUAGGGGGGGGGGAGGAGGGAAGGAGAAAGAGAGCAAGAUCCAUCUCGCAUCGCCCAUACGAAGAGGAAGGAGAAGAAGAAGAAGAAGAAGAACAAGAGGACGUACGUUGUAUACAUAGCUACAUAUACCUAAGAAUAACGUAUUGUGACUGGGAUUUUCAGAUUAUUUUUAUUCUGCUAUAGAGAGCUUCGGUAUAUAUACCACGUAUAUCGAGUAAAGCGUGUUUGCGUUGGUGUAAUGAUCGCGCGAAACGGCGUUUCGCGACGAGCUACGUACGAACGUCGUUUGCGCGCACGUCGCGUCCCAUCGCCGGGAUGACGGAGUUGUCGACCACUUCUUAUUCUUUAAGUUCGCUAAACGACAUAUCUCGAAAGCGAAAGAGAAAGAGGGAGGGAGAGAGAGAGAGAGGGAGGGAGGGAGAGAGAGAGAGAAACAAAAGAAAGGUACCGGGCGAGCGCUCCAAGUUGGAGCGUGCGAGACGGUACCGCUCCGUCGCGAAAGAAUAAAUGGGAAGAAAACGUAUCGAAUUAAUAAUAUACAUAUACAAAUAUCUUUACGACAAGUACUAUAUGCUAAACACGUGUAAAGUUAAGAGUUAAUAAAAUCAUUUUAGGGUA